AUGAAUAUUAUUCCAGGUCUUCUAGAAGAUUUGGGACUACAAUACCUUGUAAAAGUUCCAUACAAAUUUCACAACCACCUCAGGGCCGUGUGCAAGAGCUGGAACGCCAUACUAAGCAGUCCCAACUUCUAUAAAGAGCGAGAGCGCCAUAAUGAAUGCGAGGAAGGAAUAGCUUAUUUUCACCGACCAGGAAGACCAACUCGUUGGGAAGUAAUUAUUUACUAUCCGCAUGGGAUGUGGUGGGAAAUAUUGCCCCGAAUCCCCAAAGAGUUUAUUUUAAAUUGGAAACUCUUUCAUGAUGAGUGUAACUUUGUAUACGUUAGAUCUAAAUAUCAUCUGGUUGCUAUGGGCCUUCUCAGCAAGGGUGACCGCAGACCAACUGUUUUGAUGUUUGAUUUUUUAUCUCGGACUUGGCGGCGGGGCCUCGACAUGCCUUUCCGACUUUGGAACCAUGGAUGCGCAGUGUCACCAUCAUCUCCUCAAGGUCUUAUCUAUAUUACCACUCUUAGGUACUAUAAUAAUGGUAUCAUUCCUGACCUACUCCACCCUUAUGUUUUCAAUGUAGAGGAAAACAAGUGGGACUUUUUGCCUCCCAUGAAUCCAGAUUGGCAUAAUAAUAACUGUUUUGGUGAGUUUGUUGACGACAAGUUUUAUCUACUCCCCACUCACAGGCGCAGCGUACAUAUUUAUGAUCCUCACUCACAAGUAUGGAAGACAAUAAAUACACACAAUAACAGCUGGGCACUUGCUGAAGAGCUUGUAUCUGCUUUUGGGAGGUUGUAUUGUUUUGGGCGUGAACAGACCGUGAGAGAAUUCGAUUUUGCCAACAACUCAUUUACUACAGUCGGACAAUAUCCUGCCCAGAUUUAUGUAAUUCAAUGUGCCGUACUGUGCCGUGAUUAUAUUUUUGUAAGUGCCAUGGAGGUCGUUAACAGUAAAGAUGUUUAUUAUCGUUUUAAUCCACUGGAGAGGGAAGAAGAAAAAAGAUUGACUCAAAUCGAGAUGCCAGCAGAGUUUCCAGGAGGAAUAUUGUCAUUGGCUACUGCUGUGCAAAUUUGA